UGUGGACGUGACAGGCUUCCAUUGGCAUCCAGGGCCCUCCAUCUCUCGCGCUGCUCCUUGGCUGCAGUACUGUGUGCUCCAACGUUCUGCACAAACAUGGAAGGAAAAAACGACGGCACCGAAUCUUGGAAGCAGAAGGACUUCAAACCAAUCCGGCUGCAAGGCUACGUUAAGCUCCAGGUUCACAUUCAGAAAUAUCUCAAGCCAGCGAUGUGGCUACCGGGGCUCCGCCAUCCCCACAACUGGUGGGAGACGUGGAGCGUAGCGACGGCGGAGCCGGAGGUGUGCGUGCGAGACAUGGGACGAGCGAUCGAGAACGUGGCGAUAGCUGCGGAGUCGUCGGAGGGGAUAGGGGACGGGCAGAUGGUGUUCCAGCUCGCGUCGCUACGCUACUGCGCGGAGGAGGGGGUGGGGUACGCGAAGAUGAUCUGCGCGAGGUGGUUGGAUAUCGUGGAGCUGAAGGUGUACAAGCCGGAAGGCGGCGGGGAGGGGUCGGAGGUUGCGGCGCACGGGUACAGCACCGGGUUUUUGCCCCUCAAGGUACCUUUGGCGUGCUUGAUCAACAUUCCCCUGUGCUUCAUCCCCUUUAGCGACAACAAGAUCAUCCGCAACACGUGGAUGCCCGGGAUCAGGAACAGAUUGGAGCACAAGGCGUUUGUGCAGGAGGGCUCCGAGCGAUACAAGCUUUAACAAUGGGCCGACUCAUCUUUGUUCUUGUACUUUGAAGUAAUCGUUUUUUUCAGACUCACUACGCGUUGCGUUUUCUUCGUGUCGACUUUGUUUUUUUCUUGGGCCUUCUCUAUCGCAUGGCGCGUUUAUUUUUUUCUCGAACUCUUUGCCCUAUUGUAGACAGCUUACGUUUUUGAAUUGUCUUUUUUUUUUUUCUCCUUGGUCGUGCAUGACGCGUUUUUUUUUUUUUGCUUUGCACUGACUCAAUAUCUAGGCAUUUUGGGUUUUCGUGCCCACGUUUUUUUGUUUUUUUUUACAUCUUGACCGCAGGGCUUUUUUUUUUUCCGAUUUGCGGCGCUGUACGUGAAAUACCCUGCUUUGUCUUUUUGUUGGACUUAUUUUACGUCCGGUUGCUAUCGCGAAGAACAUACCAGGCAGAGGUGGGGAAGCAUUGAAGUUGUUUUCAAAGACUGGCAGCUUUUGUGUUGCGUCCUUUUUAUCCUGUUAUGUAAAUGCGUAGGGGUUGCGAAAGUGGUGAGUCAUGCACCCCUCCGGCUAAAUUUACAUUUUGCCGUUAUUUUGUUUUUUUGGACUGGCAUGAAACGCCUUGUUGGUGAAGGAGGGUCCGCACACGCCUUCAGGUCUGUCUUUAAUAGCACUCGCUUGUCUCGUUUUGUGUGGCUCCGUGAAUGCAGGACCUACCUCCUUGUGAAGUUCUGCACCCGUGUAGAUAUUGUUUCUUUUUGUUGCCAAGAGGCUUCUUGUGCUUCUUCGCCCCGCUGGAGUGCUCGUAGAAACGGCAAAACUGUCGGUUUUCAGCUUACCGUUUCGGCUCUCGCUGUAGGCAAGUUUCGAGUCUGUUUCGGAUUUCGUUUUGCGUUUUUAUGAAGACAUGCGGAGUGCACAGGAUGACACCAUCAGCUUGUGUAGCUACCACCGUGAGGUGAUUCGGCUACGUAUGCGUUUGUUGUUUUCCAAACACAAUACAUUCUCUCGCACAAGGCUAAGUUAA